AAGCUGAGAAAAGACACGUUCAUUUGUCACUUACCAUACAAAUUAAGAUCAUAUGUUUGCUCUAUGACGUGCAUACUAACCUUUCCACCCAUUCCCUUCUUAACCCUCUUCUUCUUCUUCUUCAACACAACCAUUUUUCUCCCUUUCCCCCAAACCCUAAUUCCUUCUCUUUUGCAUUAACUAACCCCAACUUCCCAUUUCUCCAUUCAAAGUUUCAAUCUUUACCAAACCCCACCAAAACUAAACCAUGACUCUCCCAUCUCCCAAACCCAACUCCCCAUUAUUCCUUCACCAUCCUCUCCAAGAAUCAGAUCAAAGUCGUCCUCAAGAUCAUCAGACAAAGCUUGACACUACUUCCUCCGCUCUUGCUCCGGAGGAGAGCGGUCGAGAGCGGUUGAAGCGCCACCGUGUGGCCGUGGCGGGGCAGGUUUGGAUCCCGGAUAAGUGGGGAAAAGAGGAGUUUUUGAAGGAUUGGAUCGACGGCUCGGCAUUUGAAGCCUCUCUGUUUCCCUCCGGGAUUGUCUCGGCUCGUCGGGCUUUGGCCCGAGACGCUAAGAGAUUGUCGCCGAAUAACAACGCUGCCGCCACCACCGCCGCUGCUGGUGCCGGAGCUUUGAGAAUAUUAAACAGUUGUUAGACAUACAUAUAUGUUAAAGUUGGUGGGUUUUGUGUUUUGAAUUUUGUUAAUAAUGUGGUGGUUGUGUAUAUUGAAAUAAUAUCAUUCUCUCUCUCUCUCUCGAUCGGAUCCACUUGAGAACUGAUCUCUCUCCUGAAGAUCUAUCUUAUCUUCUUAAAAAGAUUGAAUGAUUAUUAUAUUUAAAUAUCUUCGAAUGAUUAUUAUUGUUGUUAUUAUUUA